AUGUACUCACUACGUUAUUAUAUAGAUUCAUGGAUCGAUGUUUCGUCGCAGCCGUCAUCGUCGUCCUUCUCAUCGGCUGCUACCAACGAUGAUAUAAUAACCACCGGUCUACGAGUCGAGCAGGCAGAGGCGGGAGCAUAUCAACGCCGUAACCGUCGACGUCGUCUACAACAUCUCGCUGCUAUCACUACAGCCCAGGUGGCUUAUUCAUCACACGACGCCAGUCAAGCCAGCAGCAGCCAAGAGGAAUAUGAGGAGAGCGAAAGUGAAUCCGACCGAGUACUCAGCAGCUCAAACGAAGAGAUGCGCCGCCCAACCUUCCCAACUGCUUUACCGAUGCCCUCUGAACCACCCUCGUCCGGCUCCGAUGCUGCCUCCAGUGACGAUGAAGAUGAUACCUCUACUGCUUUGGGAAUGGGAAUCAGCCCGUCUCCAUUUGUCCCCCAACCCAACGUAUUCACACACCCUCCAGCCACCUCGGACACAUCGUGGUCUCGCCCUUCUGAUGCUCGCCGUCAUCAAGCCAGUGUAUCCAACUCGAGCCGACAAACAGCGAUUCGAAGAGAGUCAUAUCCCAGCUCACGGUCAUCCCGAAGAAAUCAAUAUCAGCACAGCCCUUACAAUAUGAUCUCCCCCUCUCAUCAUGCAGAUCACGAUGCCGCCCUUCGCGCUAGCCUGUCAACCCUUCUAUCAUGUGCGGCUGCCGCACGAGGCUUGCCGAAGAACGACAAUCAACCUUCAGCCUCACCGGCUGCUCCCCCAUCCACUGCACAGCCCUCAGCAUUCCGUCUUGUUGGCGAAUCAGUAGUCAUGGGAGAAGAGAGCGGCGACGAGGCAAUUGGAUCUUCCCCUCAGUACCCCCAGACAAGCCCGUCGAUAGGGCCUCCAGGGAGGGACACACACCCACCGACAAUUCCAUCAAGCCCAGCUGUUGCCAAAGCAAAGCGUCGGUCAAGUUCACCCAAAGACCGCAGUGCUGCGAAGAAAAGCCGCCGCGCGACACUGGCAGAUUCCACAACUCCUGUCAGCCCCACGAUCAUGACCUGGGUUAUUAGUGCCGGUGUUGUGGUUUUAUUCUCUGCGAUAAGCUUUUCUGCAGGGUACAUGCUCGGCCGUGAAGUUGGCCGAGCCGAGGUGGGCAUGACGGGAGACAGUGUUCCUGGCCCCCGGUCAUCGGCCGCGUGUGGCCAGGAAGCAGUCCGGGGCGGACUCCGAAAACUGCGCUGGGGAACUGCCGCAGCAGGAACUGCCAGUCUCGCAUAA